AUGGCAGAAAUGGCAGAGACUACAUUAGCACCGUACAAGAUUAUGCCUCAAUACGUUCUUGGUAGUCCCCCGGCCAUUGCAAUUAUGGGAGAUUCGCCCUAUAUUGAAUUUGCGCAAAGAUUAUAUGAAUAUAACUUUACGGUCGUGGAGCACACAAAUAACGAAGAAGAAACAAACGACAAAAGGAACAGAUCGUCAUCCAAAAUACAGACCUUUUUGAUUUCAUGCAAUGAAACUAAACAUAAAGAAAAUGAGCAUAUAAAGGAAUAUGUGGAACGAUGCACGGCAAAAGCAUCAGUGCUAGAAAGAUUAUCUUCAUUGGUUUCAGCAUAUUACAUAAUGGUCGGUUUAGUGGCAGGAUUUUCCAUGGUUCAAGGAGAAAUAGUUUGUGAAGGUUGGACAUAUUUACCAUUAUUAUUGUCUUGGACAAUUCCAGCAAUUUGGAGAAGAGGAUUUUACGGGAUUCUAAUAGUCAAAGAUCCUAGCGAUGUUUUUGACAAGAUACUAAUUAUUGUUGAUAACGAUCCUAAAGAUAAACUUAAAUUUCAUAAACGUGCAACCGUUACGUUAACUGCUUUAUUAUCAAUAGUUUAUCCUUGGGUGACAGUACUUAUCGUCUACUUUACACCCCCGGUUGGAUAUUUUUGUCGCAGCAAAUAUGCCUAUUUUUGGCAUAUAAAAGGAGAAAGUGAUUUAAUCAUGUCUGGGAAAGGGUGGUUACAUGUUUGGUUUUCCACGUGUGGUUUUAUAGUGGCAUUUCUCUUGUUAUUUCUAGGCAUCUUUACCGGGUAUAAUACAUUGUGGGUUGAUUUAUUCGGGGAUGCUUGUGAUUUGUCGAGCAUAGGAUGCUAUUGA